GCGGCGCGGACUGCCCCGAGGGCGGGAAAGGGUGGUCACUGGGUCAGCCCGAAGCACCUGACAUGAGGGCGGGGACCCCGAAAUGCACACGAAGUCCGGAACUGGUCUUCUGUGAUUUUCAUUCGCCCUGGUGUCUGUUCCCUUUCGUACUCAAAGCUCGUGCAUCCAGGGAGAGGAAACCGGAGAUAGGGUCUUCGGGCCCCGGGCAGACCCUCUGUGCCGCUGCAAACCGUUGGGGCCUGAGGCUGUCAGGUCCUCCCCCAGACACCUGCGGACCCUCCCUCGCGUGGCUUCCCGUCUGGUCAUGGCGAGAUUCUGGGUCUGCGUAGCCGGUGCUGGCUUCUUUCUUGCAUUUUUGAUUUUGCAUUCGCGUUUUUGUGGCUCUCCAGUGAGUUGGGUAGUGAGGAAAUGACUGUCGGGUGUGCGGAUGGCCCUGUUGGGAGGCGUCGCCACGGUCGUGGGAUGGAGGUGGCAGGCCCUGGUUCCCUCAGUAGCUUGUCUCAAAGCCUACACCUGGGUCCAAACUGCCUUGACUCUUUGAGUUUAAAAAUUUGUGUUUUGAGGAACUUUACUUUUGCAGUUUCCUGGAGAACUGAGAAAAUUCUUUACCGGCUGGAUGUGGGUUGGCCUAAGUACCCAGAAUAUUUUACCGGAACAACAUUUUGUGUUACAGUUGAUUCCGUCAAUGGAUUGGUUUACAUAGGUCAAAGAGGGGAUAACAUCCCAAAGAUAUUAGUGUUCACAGAGGAUGGAUAUUUCCUACGAGCCUGGAAUUAUACAGUUGACACACCUCAUGGUAUAUUUGCAGCCAGUACUCUAUAUGAACAAUCCGUCUGGAUCACGGAUGUAGGAAGUGGAUUCUUUGGUCAUACUGUUAAAAAAUACAGUUCUUUUGGUGAUCUUGUUCAAGUCUUGGGUACUCCAGGCAAAAAAGGCACCGGUUUGAAUCCUUUGCAGUUUGAUAACCCAGCAGAAUUAUAUGUAGAGGACACAGGAGAUAUUUACAUUGUGGAUGGAGAUGGAGGAUUGAAUAACAGAUUGAUCAAACUGUCCCAAGAUUUCAUGAUCCUUUGGCUGCAUGGAGAAAAUGGGACAGGGCCUGCUAAGUUCAACAUACCUCACAGUGUUACACUUGAUUCAGCUGGUCGGGUGUGGGUUGCUGACCGAGGAAAUAAAAGAAUCCAAGUAUUUGAUAAAGACACUGGGGAGUGGUUAGGAGCAUGGAAUAAUUGUUUCACAGAAGAGGGACCUUCUUCAGUCAGGUUUACUCCUGAUGGGAAGUACUUGAUUGUGGCCCAGCUGAAUCUUAGCAGGCUCUCAUUUGUAGCAGCACCCCCAGUGGGAAGCAUUGGGGAAUGUUCUGUGAUCAGUACAAUCCAACUAGCAGAUCAAGUUUUGCCACAUCUCCUAGAAGUCGACAGAAAGACUGGAGCAGUCUAUGUAGCAGAAAUUGGAGCAAAACAAGUACAAAAAUAUGUCCCUUUGAAUAGCUAUGUUCCUUCAUUUGGUUCAUAAUGUUUCUUUCCUGGGAAUAUUUCAAGUGGCAGUUCAGAUUCUCAAAUUCACUAAGUGCUUAAAAAUGAUGUUCAAGCACAAGAAUUUAUUUUUCUAGUAUAAAAGAUCUAGUAUCAGAAAGAUUUGUUUUUAUAUCAUUAAGAAUCUUAUAUUUUGUUGCCCUCUUGGGACUUAGUUUUAUUUGUAAGUGCAUAAGGAUAUUUUAAUGAAAGGAAUGUAACUAAAAAAAUGGGGUUGGGAAGAGGGACUAAGGUCGUAACCUCAUUAUUUGCCCCGGUAGACUGAUUCUCCCUGGGUAAGAAAAAUGGGAAUAAAAAUGAGCUUGCAUGAUAAUUUAUUAAAUUUCAUGUGAAGAACUCCAGACCUCCAGAUUGUGCAACUAACAUAAAAUGAGCUGCUUGAGAGAUUGUAAAUAAGAUGAACUAUUGAUUAAUUUGAGUACCCACAGAAUGCUGUGUCUUGACGACUUAAAAAUGAAAAAGCAGGAUUGCCUUUUGAGUAGCUUGCAGUCUAGUGGGGAGACAAGCGGGCAAACAGUCACAACACAGCAAAAGCGACCUUGGAGCAUAGUGGAACUUUUGGAGUAGGAGCGCUGCAUCUGACUGAGGGAAUCAUGGAUACUUCGCAGGAGAAGUGAAUUUGAGCUCAGACUUGAAAACUGAGGAGGAGCUUACCAAGGGACAAGGAGGAGAAAACAAUAAUUUCCAAGUAAAGAAGGUAUAAAAAGUUGGAAACGUACUGUAAACUUUGAUAGGCUUUUAGGCCUUUUUUAAAGCCCAACUUGGCUUCUGUCCAUUAUCUAUAAGAUAUUUAACGUCAGUCAGCCUUUAAAUGUAGGAAUAAAAUGGCUGGCAUCUAAGCACUUUACUAAAAGAGGUUUUUACAAAUAACUAAGGAUUGUAGAGCUUCCUUCUCUUUUUUUUUCUUUUUCUUUCUUUUGUUUUACAUGAACUCAACUUAUUCCUAACAUUUGUCUACCUCAAAGAAAUUUCAAGAUUAUUUAGAUAACAUAGAUAUGUGCCAAAUCCUUUGAGCUGUUAAGAUGGAUAAUUUCCUGCUUUCCUCCUUCUACAUCUCCUCCCACUCCCUCCUUUGGUCUGAAUAUUGGCUUCCCAAUUAAGACCUUUUUUUUUUUUUCAGUUUGUUUUAGCUUAUUAUAGGUUUUGGAGGAACUUUGCCAUUUUAUAAUCUUUCAAAUCAUUCUUCCCCCUUCCUCACAUCAGCUUCCUGCUUUUCCCAGUGUUUUACUGUAAAUUGUGUAGCAUAUGCCAAAUCUUGAGCUGACUUUGCUCUUCACCUGUUAUGGCUGGAGUAUUUUCCAGACCUGAAGGGACUCACACUUGUUUUGAUACUUGGAUCGCAUCUCCAUGAGGUUAGGAAGGUAAAUCUACCAACAGGAAGCCCUGUACUCUGUAUUCCAAGGCCAUUGAUAAAUGUGUUUGUGCCACUGAUCGGACUGUAUGACCUUAAACAAGUCACCUUAGUUUUCAGUGAAAUGGGAACAUCAUUGUCUGCUCUUUCAUGAAUGCUGUGAGAAUCAGAUGUGCAACAGGUACAGACUUGCCCUUUGAAAUCUAUACCUCUGGAUACAUUAGAGACAUUUUAUUAUCAAAGGCCCUUCUGAAUGUGCUAUUUAUUUGACAAUAACUAUCAGAUUUGCCUUAAUUUUGUGUUUAUAGCAUUUAUCAAAACGUAUCCUCAUAGACUUUAUGCAGAUUAAUAUGGUCAAUUGAUUUGGAUAAAAGAAAGUAAUUUCAGGGUUUGUUUUUAAGCCAGGACAAGAAGUGCAAAUGCCUCUUAGAAGCAAUUUAGGCCAAACUGAUUUUGAAAUUUCAAAAUGUUUUAUUUUACUUUGUUUUAUUAAGCCAGGACAAGAAGUGCAAAUGCCUCUUUGAAGCAAUUUAGGCUAGGUAAACCGAUUUUGCCAUUUCAAAAUGUUUUAUUUUACUUUGUUUUAUAUCAGAGUCUUAUAAAACCUGCUGCAAAUAUUUCUGAAUGUCUUUGUAAAAGUGUUUAUUAGUGUACCUGUGAUUAUAGUACUUCACUUUUUUCCUUUGGAUUAAUUGGUUAAAUGAAUGAGAAAUGUGUUAUGUUUUUUAGUAAAAAGUAUAAAUUAAAAUUUUGGAAAGAAAAGGCAAUAUUAUCUGGCUCCCCAAUUAAAGUUUGAUUUUAUUGUCACAAAA